GUGACGUGCGGACUGCGGACGGAGGCACAGCGGACACAUAGCGGACUCAAGGAUUUAACACAUAUCCUUUCUGUGUCUUUGUAUCUUUCCUGUGUCAUUUGCUUUGGAACGUACAAGGGAAAGGAACGUCAAGAUGGGAGGGCAGGCGUUGACCAUCCUAGUGACGGCGAUUUUCUCGGGGUAUUUGAUAGUUUCACCUACAGUCAGCCAACAACUAGACCUGGGAGACAUCCCAGACCUUAACAACAUAUCUUCAGUCAGUGAAUGGAAGGAACACUGCCGAACCACUGCUGGUGAGCAAGCUAUGAAGGACAUAGAGAAGUCUAUAGGUGAGUUCAUGGUGUGUAUACAGGGCCAGAUCAAGAUGGAUAAGCUGAUGCGAGAGGUGAACAAAAGCAUUGAAAGAGGAGAACUGGAUUUGGUCUUCAAAAAGUACUGCAAGAAGAGGGAUGCAUUUAUGGCAUGUGCUGAGGAUGUGUUUGCCAAGUUAGAGCGCUGCACCAAUGAACAGGAAAAACAGGACCUUGGUGUUGUCCGCAAAGCCAUUGAUGCCGGCAUAGACUUUGUGUGCCACAACGACGGUGACAGAAUUGCUUUGUUCAUGGCAGAGAAAGGAGUGGAUUGUCUGAAGAACCACUCGGAGAGUAUUAAAGUAUGCGUUGAAGAGAAAGUACCAGAAAUUAAGGAGUUAAUUGAAGAUGCUGACUCAAUAAAUCUUGCAAGAUUCACUCUUAGUGAGGAGAACUGCAAGAAAUUGAAUGAAGCGAAGGAAUGUGUGGUGAAAUAUACAUCAAAGUGUGAUGAUGAAACUCCAGCCAAUAUCUUAGGAUCUCUGAUCACACAAAUGCUCAAGGUGACGCCGUGCUCCCAGGCCAGCAGUGCUUCAGCUCUCCUGUCCCACACCCAGUACCUGUUACCUCACCUACUGACUCUUGUGGCGGCAGCUCUCACCGCUGCCAAUAUUCUUCUUUAAACUGGUGGUUAGUUUAACUUUUUAAUGUACCUCAACUGCUGAUUUUCAAGCAGAAGAGAAUAUUUUCAGUAUUACAUAAAAUGCACUCCUGUAGAUCAAGUUGCUGGAGGGAACAAAGCAUCUGAUAUAAACUGAUUGACUAUAUGCAAGUGGGAAGGAAAUUGAGGAAAUUUAGAAUUGGUGUGUUGUGUUGUACUUAGAUAAAUGUAUUUACUGAGUAAUCAGUAUUGAGUAACAUGUAUUUAUUAACUGAUAUAAUUUGGCAUGUGCAAAGUGUGUUCAUUUAAUGUUAAACUAUUUAUCAUUUAUUUAGAUAUCUUGUGUUAAUUAUAUUAAUUUUUAGUUUUUAUGAACAAAUAUUUAUAAUUCAAUUAUUUUGUACAAUGAAUCAACUUUGUAUAAUAUUCAAGAAAUAGCCAUUCAGAAUCUAAUCAUUAACAUGCAAUGGGUGUAUGUGCUGGCUUGCCAUAAGGAUAGGUAUCAUCACGUUAAACUCAGGUUAGUUUGUUUUUGUCAUACCAUUCUGCACUAAACUUUUGCCUCAAUUCUGUAGAUUAUUUAUAGUGGAGUGUUCAAACCGAUUGAUUGUUGUAAACCACUGCAGUGAGGGAUGUGAGGGAUUUUUGUGAGUGUGUAUGUACAUGUGUGUGUGUGUGUGUGUGUGAUAUUUGUAAAUCAGUAUCUUCGUAGCAUGAAACGGAUCAUCUGCAUUCACUAACAUAUAACAUUUACUCAUUUUUAACAUUUACUCAUUUUAUUCAUAAUCUGUAUUUAUUCAUGUGUUUUGCACCUUACCUUUAUUGAUACCAAUGUGUGUGUGUGUGUGCAUGUGCACGUGUGUAAGAAUAUUUUGUGAUAAAUAUAUAUACACCAUUUGGGUUCAAAGAUAUUUCUUGUGGGCCUGACUUCAUCUUAUAUGCUGAUAGUCUGAAUACCUGUGGGGAAAGCAUGGUCUGUUAAGCAUGGUUUCUGGUCACUGCCCAGAGGGAACAUGUCAAGGGGGCUCUGUGUGAAUAUGAGCUUAUCCUCUCAAGUUUCUGUUGUUUGAAAAGUACGAGAGUAUUAUUUUCCAAUCCUUCCUAGCCCUUAUAGAGCUGAAAGUAUCUGUAACUUCCUGUGGUCAUCAUACAUAAUUAUAGUUGGGGAGCUAAAAGUAUUGCAACACGGUGCUGUGGGACAGUGAUCCUCUACAGCAGUGCUAGUUGAAUUUUUCUUGAUGGGAAAAAAAUUCCCGAGUAGCCAAAUCUGAGAAAAUAAGGAAUGUCUUCUUCGUCUUGGCAGCUUUUACCUACGAAUCAGCUGUGCUCAUGUGCCCUUAUUUAAUUUUCACUUUAUUUACUUAUCAUAAUUUCAGCACCUUUAGAAACUAUAUCAAAGGCUAGGAUUAUCCAUCACAUCAAAAGACAAAAUAUCAUCAUGCUGCUGCAUUGUACUGGGUCUGGGAAGUUCUCUAGUGAUUAGUGUGCUACUCUGGACUUGUCUACACUCUCUGGGACUGGAGCUCAUGAGAACAUUCUAGACUGAAAAAUGAUGUAUAGAAGGGUUAAUGCGCAUAGUGAGUCGAUAGAGAAUGGGUUACAGGGUUCAGGCAGUCAGCUAGUGAGACAAGAUGUAGCGUGGAUUAGGAAAGGCAGCGAGGCUCCCAGACUCCCAGUUGUGAUUGUUGUACUUCUUAAGGAAUAAAGACCACUGUUUUU